AUGCGCUCGCUAUUGUGGUUUCUUUCUUUUGGCUUCGCUGCCGCUGAGAGCGGAAUCGAUGGCUGGCUGCGAUAUGCUGCAUUGCCAACUGACGUCCGCGGUAACUAUGCUGCCCCAAAUUCUAUUGUAGCCUUGAACAGCACUCAGAGCAGUCCUGUGUACGUGGCUGGACAAGAGUUGCAAAAGGGUAUAAGUGGGAUCCUGGGCCAGAACGCCAGUGUAUCCUCAGGAUCAGUUGGUAAUACGUCGACAAUUACGGUUGGAACCGUCGGGUCCUUCCCCUCGACCAGUUUUCAAAUAUCAGUCAUCCCUGAGCUCGAAGAUGAUGGCUUCUGGCUCGACACCAGGGGCGGCAACGUCCAGAUCAUGGGGCAAAAUGAGCGUGGCGCUCUGUACGGCGCCUUCGAGUACCUGUCGAUGCUCGCGCAGGGAAACUUCUCGGAGGUUGCAUAUGCCAGCAAUCCGAGCGCGCCUAUCCGCUGGGUCAACGAAUGGGACAACCUGAACGGCCAGAUCGAAAGAGGCUAUGCCGGCCCUUCCAUAUUCUUCACUUCAUCCUGGGCCAUCGCCAACGACCUCAGCCGGGUCUCUCAGUACGCUCGACUGCUCGCGUCCAUCCGCAUAAAUGGGAUCAUAGUCAACAAUGUGAACGCCAAUGCCACCCUCCUGAACACAGCAAAUCUCGCAGGUCUCGGCCGGAUCGCGGAUGCAAUGCGACCGUAUGGCGUUCGAGUGGGAAUAUCUCUCAACUUCGAUUCCCCAAAGACGCUCGGCGGGCUGAAUACGUCGGACCCGCUUAGCCCGGACGUGAUACAAUGGUGGGAUGCAAAAGUCAGCGAGUUACAACAGCAAGUGCCAGACCUGGCUGGUUUCCUCGUGAAAGCCAACUCGGAGGACCAACCUGGGCCGCUGACGUACAAUCGUACGCUUGCGGAUGGUGCCAACCUCUUUGCCAGGGCUUUGAAGCCCCGUGGUGAUGGUAUUGUCAUGUUCAGGGCCUUUGUGUACGACCAUCACAUCAACGAGUCGAACUGGAAAAACGAUCGGGCAAAUGCAGCGGUGGACUUCUUCAAGGAGUUGGAUGGCCAGUUUGAUGAUAACGUCGUCAUUCAAAUCAAGUACGGCCCCAUCGAUUUCCAGGUCCGAGAGCCGCCGUCGCCGCUAUUUGCCAACAUGCGUCAGACUCCCAUGGCAAUCGAGCUUCAGGUAACUCAAGAAUAUCUGGGCGAGCAGGAUCACCUUGUGUACCUCCCUCCGCUAUGGAAGACCAUCCUGGAUUACGACCUGAGGGUGGAUGGUGAGCCAUCGGUCAUCCGUGACAUUCUCUCUGGACAGCGCUUUGACAAGUCCUUGAGCGGCUAUGCGGCUGUGAUCAAUGUAGGCAUGAAUGCAACAUGGCUCGGAAGUCAUCUUGCCAUGUCGAAUCUUUAUGCCUACGGUCGAUUGGCAUGGAACCCCGAAGACGACGAGGUGGCCGUGCUGCAAGAUUGGACGCGUCUCACUUUUGGAUUUGAUGAGACAGUCAUCGACACCAUCAUCAAGAUGUCCCUGGAUUCUUGGCCAGCCUACGAGAACUACACUGGCAACCUCGGGGUUCAGACGCUGACGGACAUCACCGGGCCACACUAUGGUCCAAAUCCAGCUUCUCAGGAUGACAACGGCUGGGGCCAAUGGACACGUGCAGACGCAGAUUCGAUCGGAAUGGACCGAACAGUCAAAAACGGGACCGGCUUCUCCGGACAGUAUCCACCGGAAAUCGCGGCGAUGUAUGAAGAAAUCGAGACUACCCCUGACGACCUACUUCUUUGGUUCCACCAUGUUCCAUACACUCAGCAGUUUAAAUCAGGCAAGACCGUCAUCCAGCAUUUCUACGACGCGCACUACGCGGGCGCCGAGACGGCCCAGACGUUCCCGAAGCAGUGGGCGGCACUCAGGGGCCUGAUAGACGACGAGCGCUUCACCCACGUCGCCUUCAAGCUCGAGUACCAGGCCGGCCACUCCAUCGUCUGGCGGGACGCUAUCAACGAGUUCUAUCUCAACAAGUCCGGCAUAGCUGAUGAGGCUGGUCGUGUCGGCAGCCACACCUGGCGCAUCGAAGCAGAGGAUAUGCAGUUAGACGGAUACAAGCCCAUAGCAAUUGUCCCAUUCGAGGCGGCAUCGAGCUACACCGCCGUCAUGACGACGACCAACACCACAGUCGGGACGGCCUCCGCCACCAUAGACUAUCCUUCUGGCGUGUAUGACGUUGCGGUGAACUACUACGACGGUGUCGGUGGGCAGGCGCGGUACGAGGUCUUUGUGAACGACGAGUCGUUGGGCACGUGGGUGGGCGACCUGGAGUGGAAGCUGGGCCACCAGCAAUGGCCGGUGUUCGCUCCCGACGGACACUCUGCGACACGUGUGACGUUCCGAGACGUUCAAGUCCAGCAGGGUGAUGUGCUCAAGAUCGUCGGGACCCCAGCUGGAACUGAACCAGCACCGCUUGACUAUGUGGCGUUUUUACCGGCGGGUGUCGUGGACUAA